AUGAAUUUGGUAAGUGUCAAAUUCGUAAAAAAUUUAAUAUUAAAUAAUACAAAACUAUUUCAUGAAACCAAAAUCAAGUUAGCACCAAAUGAACAUAUUAAAAAUCAUAAACACAUUAACCAAAAAGACUUAAAAUCCACGUUAUACUAUGUAACUGCGGCUGGAAUUUUAGCUGCAGGUUUAAGUUAUGCAGCAGUACCAUUGUAUAGAAUGUUUUGUCAAGCGUAUAGUUAUGGGGGUACGGUAGGAAGAGAUGAUUCAGGCGUUCACAUAGAAGAUAUGAAACCUAUACGAGAACGUUUAAUAAAAAUUAGAUUUAAUGCCGAUAUUGGCGCAAGUAUGAGAUGGAAUUUUAAGCCACAGCAAACUGAAAUUACGGUAGUUCCUGGUGAAACAGCAUUAGCUUUUUAUACUGCAAAAAAUCCAACAGACCAUCCAGUAACUGGUAUAAGUACUUAUAAUGUUGUUCCAUUUGAAGCAGGACAAUAUUUUAAUAAAAUACAAUGUUUUUGUUUUGAAGAACAAUUAUUAAAUCCCCAUGAACAGGUUGAUAUGCCCGUAUUCUUCUAUAUUGAUCCAGAAUUUGCAGAAGAUCCAAAAAUGGAAUUGGUUGAUAAUAUUACUUUAUCAUAUACAUUUUUUGAAGCCAAAGAAGGUCUUAAACUACCAGUGCCGUCUUUCGUAAAAUGAAUACUGAGUAGUUUUUUGGUUGUGAGUAUGAAUCAUGGAUUGUACUUUAUAAAAGAUCCUCAGUUGCUAAAAAUAUAUUAAAAAUAGGGAGGAAUUUGAAAAAAAACUGUCUUUUGUUUUAUGUUUUUAUAGUUCGACAAUUUAAAAUUAGUUCUCUCGUGCGAAUAUCAUGCAGAAAUUUCUUAAUCUAUACACUUAAACACCCCGUUUUGUAGUUAACCAAUAAUAAAAAUAACCCAAACAAAAAUUGCAGAGUUUGAUGGGGGCCAUCAUGUUCUGAAAUCAGAUUGGACCUAUUUCCUCGGGUUUAAGCCAAUUAAGAUCCUAAACGUAAGCUUUUGGAGGAAAUGCGACUUAAAAAUAUGCCAUUUUUACAUUUAAUCAGAAAAUAUGCUAAAGUUUAUCGAUAAUUGUUUGUUCAUGGGCAGAGGCGAAUGUCCUCUACUGUCCUUGAUAACUUUUGGCUAAAGUAUUUUUCCGUAGUUGGCAUGUUUGUUAAAGAAUCUUGAAGAAUUAGGUCUAAUCUGAUGUCAGAACAUGUGACCCUUCAAACUCUACAGCUUAUGUUUAAGUUAUUUUUUUAUUGGUUAACUACAAAACGAGAUAUUUAGGUGUGUAGAUAAAAA